UCUGUUAAAAGGUGUAGAGAGAAUAAUGGGUGGGAACGAUGCGAAGACAGCUAAAAUAGCGGUGUGGUGGGACAUGUUUGACUGUCCGGUUCCAGAGGGUAUCGAUGCUCGUAAGGUCCGUCCCAGUUUGGAAGGAGCUUUCAAGGAGCUAGGCUACACUGGUCCUGUCUCCAUCACAGCCUAUGGAGACCAAAAACAAACCCCUGAACACCUCCUACGAGCUCUAUCUUCCACUGGAGUUGCUGUGGUACAUACCAGAUCUGGAUGCACGUGCGCACUCAUGUAUAAGGAUAUGGUUGCAUGGCGAGAGGAUAAUCCUCCUCCGGCUAAAAUGAUGAUCAUAUCCAAUCAGGUGUUAGAUGUCUUCAACUGGGAUCUGGCCCGGCUACAACAACGCACCAGUUACGACAUUUAUCUGGCUUAUUCAGUCCAACCUCGCGCAGCAUUGUUCGUGCGCACUCGCCACGAGUGGCUCUGGGAUAAAAUAAUACUAACUAAUACAAGCAACGCUAGUGAAUCAUCAUCUGCUGCUGCUAAGUCUAAGUUUUAUUGCAAAUCGUGCUCUUUGGAUCGCCAAAGCCUGAAGAGUUUCAGGAAGCAUCUCUCCACUAAAAAGCAUGCCAAGCAGGAGAUUUUACGCCCUGAUGAUUCACAACUCCAAUCUGUAACGAGCAAGUGGGGAAAGAACUACGCUGCUACGCCUGAAUUUGCGACAGCUAAAAUCCAUGUGUGGUGGGACAUGUAUGACUGUCCUAUUCCCGACGGUUAUGAUGCUCGUCGGAUCCGUCCCAGUUUGGAAGGAGCGUUCAAGGAACUAGGCUAUUCUGGUCCUGUCUCCAUCACUGCCUAUGGUGACCAUAAAAAAACCCCUCAACACCACCUUCAAGCCCUCUCUUCCACUGGAAUCGAUGUUGCACAUGCCACUCUUGAAGUGGUGAACGGGCGCAUCUCUGAUGAUAUUGAUGAAUGGGAAUAUAAUAAUCCUACUGCUCCGGCUACAAUGAUGAUCAUAUCGGAUGAGGCUGAUUAUGCCUUUUCAGAUUUUCUUCCCCAUCUACUACAAGAAAAUAAGUACAACCUGUUUUUGGCUUACUCGUUUAGGCCUCGUGAAAUGUCAGUCUUGGUCACUUCUGCCGAGUGGCUCUGGGAUAGCUUACUUGCAGUUUCAGAGACAAGAAGACAUGAUCUCCUUCGGAAGUGCAGUGGAAGUAGUAUUGAAAGGGUUGGUGAAUCUACCGGAAUGUUUUAUUGCAAAGUGUGCUACUCUGAUUUCAAACUCCUGGAUGAAUUCAUGAAGCAUCUCUCGAGUAAAAAACAUGCCCUGAAUUGUAAGCGUAUUACUGAUCAUAUUGAAAGUUCCGAGAACCUACAACUCUACUGGGAAGAGAAGCAUCAUUUUCCGGAGAGCAAGCGUUUCAAGAAAGCUCCUUAGUAGAUAGAGGAGUCAUAUUUGACUUAAGUUAUCAGUCUGGCGAUCCUAUCUUCUUCUUUUUUCUUCGUUUUCUAGUCCUAUGUUUCUGUUUUGAAGUAUUUUAUUUUUCAUUUCCUUUUUCUUGUCUAUAUUUAUAUAUAAGU